GGCGCCCCCCGGUGCCAUAGGUGGCGCCACCUACACAUCGGUCUGCCUUUAUAACUUAUAAAUAUUGUGGACGAAGAACUCAACACGCUAAAGGUUACUGACAGAGUCUUCAACAUGCAGGGUUUGCUGGUAGAGGCGCUUGCUCUGCGGCAGUUGGGAAGACUCAACCCGCGGCAACUUCUCACACCCGGAUACGGAUUCAAACAGACAACCUGGUGCCCAAGGAUCAUGUACACACGCCAGCUUUGGGGAUCGUCCGUUUGUUUCACGUUAGGCUCUCACAGGCCAGUUGUCCGUGGCAGAGACUCCGUGCGAAACUGGUCAUUGCACCAGUUGAGGUUCAAAAGCAACAAAAAGAAAGGCUUAGCAAAGGUUCUGGAGGAGGAGGAGGAGGAGCGGGACACAGAGGACACUGACUCUGAGGAUGAGAUUGAAGAAGACCCAAACCUGCCUAAGGACUAUAAGGAUUUAGAAAAGUUUGUACAGUCUUAUCGCUACGAUGUUAUCCUGAAGUCUGGAUUGGAUAUGGCUCGCAAUAAAAUUGAGGAUGCUUUCUACAACAACAAGCUUCGACUGAAUGGGCAGAAGCUCAUCAAGAAAAGUAAAUCGGUGAAAGUUGGAGACACUCUGGACAUGGUAGUGUCUGAAAGCGGUGAAGGAAACACUGUUACUCUGAUGAGAGUAAUUCUUAAGAAGGAAUUGGGUGAAUCCAACGAUGGAGAGAAGUACAAAGUGGCCCUGAGACGCUGGAAGAGUUUAGAGCUUUCCAAGGAUGAAGCCUUCAAGCCAUGAUUUUCCCAAGAAUGACUUUACUGAUAAAUGGCCUCAAAGCAUUCAAUCCAAGCAAAAGUGAAAGAAGUUAUAAAGUGCAUGUUGAAACUCUGGACUUGUUUUUUUUUGGGUUGGUGACAUAUAUUUAAAACAUGAUUUGACAUUCAAUUUAUGUUUAGUAUUUUUGUAAUUUCCUUUAUUUCUUUUGAAUAAAUCAAAAAGUAAUUUUAA